AUGAGCAGAAAACGAUUAUCCAUAAUUGCCCAGCAUCUAUGUUCUGCGGAAUGAUUAGCAACAUACCAAGAAACAUCUGAUGGAGUAGCUAUUAUUACUAUAAAUCGUCCAUCAAAGCUGAAUUUCUUGAAUAAAGAGAUGUGAGAUCAAUUAAAUUCUUAUUUGUUGCAAGCUGAAUCUAAUCCUAAUAUCAAAGUCAUAAUACUAGCAGGAAUUGGCAAACCAUUUGCAAAUGGAGAAAGUUUACCGGCUAAGGAAGAAUUAAUAGCGUCAUCGUUAUAUAUUGUUAUAUACUUAAAUUAUGAUCAGAAUUCUGGCCGGUAUCCGAUCAGAACGAUCGAGCUCACCUGAGGAUGCCAAUAGGUGGCAUUUCAGCUAUUACGGACUCUCAAGGUUCUAGGGUCCUCCUCUCCAAUUGUGUCGUAGCACGUGGACGGCCUGUGUCGUUAGAGUGCUCAGAUUUGAGACUUGCUCACCACUUGCAAAAUCUCAAUCUUCACUGACUCUGCUCCAGUCUCUUUUCCUUGACAUCUUCAAGACACCUGUGGCCAGGUUCUGCGGUAGGAAAGCCCUUCUAAGGGUCGAAACCCACCUACAGAGGGAAGGAAAGAAUUAAUAGCAUCACCUGUGAUUAUUAAUGACCCUACAGAUAAUUGAUUUGGCCAAUUAGCAUCGAUGAAAAAGCCUAUAAUUGCACCUGUUAAUGAUUAUGUAUGUGAUGAAGAUUUUGAAAUCGCUAUGAUAUGCGAUAUUGUUAUUGCAAAUAGCACAGCAAGAUUCGUAAUUCCAAAAAGUAAAAUGAGGCUAAUUCAUGGGGCAGUCGGUACUGAAAGUUCAGUCAAAACUGCGAGGAAGCUCCAAGUAACAGAGCUAGUUUUAGUUGGGGAUGUUAUUUCUGCUGAUGAAGCUAAAAGAAUUGGUCUAAUUAAUAAAGUUGUUGAAAAUACUCUAGAUGAAGCUAUAACUGCUGCUAACUUCUCUCCAUUAGGAAAGUUCAGCUAAAAAAUUAAUUUUUAAAAAAAUCGGAUUUUUCUAAUGAUUUUACUUGCUAAUCAAUAGAUAGAGUAAGGAAACUGCGAGUAGCCCACUAGGUGAUAUCUUAACUGCCAAAAAAGCAAUAAGUUUAUAUAUGAAGCAAGUUUAUCAGAAAGGAUCAUCUACAAAUUAUAUAUAUUUAAAUAAGCAGAAAUAA